CCAUAAAUAAUGAGUUUUGUCUCAUAUGACGUCAUAUCCAGAUGCAGGAGAAAUGAACUGAAUGUUUUUAUCUGUACAUCGCUGUCUAUAGUUGUGUUGUUUUGAGUUGAUACCCCUGUAAGACCUUGUGAAACGUGUGUUUUGAAGCAAGUUGCAGAUCUCUGGGUGUAACAUAGUUGAAGCAAAUAAACAUACAAACUUACAGUAAACUAAUACGGUACCGGUAUCGGAAGCAGACAAUCAACAACAGCUUGACAAUUCAACAUGUUUCCUUCAAUGUUUGGACAUGAUCCGUUCAAUAUGGAUCCGUUUGAACACAUGAACAGAAUGAUGAGUCAGUUUCAUUCACCAUUAUUCAGCAGUCCACUUAUGUUGCAGAGACCGGGAGGAAUGUUGCAAUUAGAAGACGGGAUGAGAAGACAUCAACUUUCUAUGCCUGUUUCACCUUUUGAAGACAUGAUGGGAAGAAUGAAUGGAAUGCAGAACAUGAUGCAAAAUGCACAACGUAAUAUGUCCAUGCAGUCAUUCUCUGGAGGUUUGACACCCGGAGCAGGGCAGUCGUAUCAUUCGUCCACAAUCGUAAUGCAAAGUGGACAAGAAGGACCGAGGGUUAUUGAAUCAACGUCAUCUACAAGGGUUGGACAGGAUGGGGUUAAAGAAACAAGAAAAUCUCACAAGGAUACAGGAACAGGAGAAAUGAGGAUGGCAAUAGGACAUCAUAUUCAUGAUCGAGCACAUAUCAUAGAAAAGGCAAAAAACAGAAGAACUGGAGACGAAGAAGAAAAGCAAGAAUAUGUUAAUAUUGAGGAAGAGGAAGCAGAUACUUUCAACAAUGAAUGGAAACAGAAAAUGGGAGCAGCAGAACCUAAGUCUGAUAUCCAAUGUUCACUUACAUACGGCUCGUACCGGAAUUCAUCACGUUCUGGACCAUAUGACCCUCAACAAAGGCCACGUAUGGGUCAAAGGCGAUUCCCACGAGCUGCCAUAACACAGGGAGAAGUACUUGACGACUUAAGGGAACGGUCUGGGCGACGUGAUAGACAACAUGGCCGUCCCCUGUUCAGUAUUCGACAUGGUCGUCCCCCAUUCGAAACUCGGCAUGGGCGUCCCUCAUUAGAGACUCGACAGGGCCAUCCCCCGUUCGAGACUCGACGGGGCCAUCCCCCAUCCAGUAGUGGACAUGAUGAUCGUUGAUAUGCACAAAACUUUCUUGUAGGACAUUUUAACCACAUGGUGGUGUUACUGAUAUUGACUGUUUUUGCGUUUGCAACCAAUUUUAAACUAACGAUAAUCGUACCCACUGGGAUUAUCGUAAACAUCAUAAAGUGAGAUCAAAUUCACUUGAUAUAUAAACUUAUCGAUCGUUGAAUUCGCAUGUAUAUUCAGUAUUUUUCAUGUUCUAAGUUAUGUAAAACGUUAACCAAACGAGUGGGUGUGGUUCAUACGAUGUAGCCAUUUUAUCGACAUUCCUCUCUACCAGGAUAAAUGUUCAUUGUUGUCUCAAAAAUCUUGUUCAAUUAUUUGAAUUUCAUCAAAACUGGUACCGGUAGUUGUACAGUUACACUAAACUUGCAGAGUAGCAAAUGUGAGAUGCCAUUUUUUUUUUUACUAUUUGCCCCUGGAAGAAAUCCGAUUUUUUUUUUCUUUGUCACAUUUGUGACAGUAUAUUUAUUAUUUUCAUAUUUCAUUGUUUACCUGCUGAAAGCAUAUUUACUGACUUUUAUGUUCUCAAAUAUUUGAGCGAUAGAAAUAUUUGAGAAUUUGAUAAAAGAUAAAUUGCCUUUUUACUAGCGACGUUUUCGUGUGAAUUUUUUCUUGUAACUGUGUGAAAUACUUGAAAUCUCUGUCCAAAACUUAGUCUGAACAUUAACGAUUUUUUUUGUAUACAUACCAUUUAUUAAAGUAAAAUUAUACACAAAAUAUAUUGUCAUUUCCAGUUCUCAAGUAUGAUUUAAACGAGAAUAACGAAAAUUUUGACUUUUGGACGCCUAAAGGCAUGAGUGUUAUCUAUCAGCGCUUAAAAUUCAACAGCGUUGUCACAAAAGCGCUUCUUAUUUCCUAUUGUUCUCUAUCACUGAAAAAUCAGCUUUUACAUUGGGCGGGUAUUCGAGCACCGGCCCUUAUUUAUUUUUAUGUUCUGUUCACACAGGCGGCUAUUCAAACGGACCCUUAAUCAAGAUCGGGCGGUAAAACUAGCAUAUACGGUAUAUAUUUAUUAACCAUGGACUAUACAUGAUUAUUACAGUUACUCGAAGUUAUGACUUCACAUUCUGAAUUUGUAAAACUUGAGAAUCCGUUUGAAAUAAUAAUGUUUUGAAGUGUGAAAUUUUGAUUCAACACCUGCAACACCAAUUUACUUCAGAAGGCACAGCUUUUUCCACAGAUUUUGUUUUUAUGAAUUUUUUAUUUCCAAAUUUGCAGUUGUGUGUGAAGCAGAGUAUGAGACCAGUAUAAUUGGUGCAAUUAUAAACUGUUUGAUAAAAUUUGGGUCUAUUUCAUUAUUACAAAAAAAAUGUAGUUG